AAGUGUACAUCUUCAUUUGGUUCUUAAUAUCUGGAUAACGAUAUUUAUUUACUCGUUAGAGUUCAGGGUGAAAGUGAAAAAAGUUAUGGGUUCAGAAGUUUUUUAUCUAUUUAUUUAAUUUUUUUAUUUAGAUAAAUAAAUUAUUCGGUGGAUUUUUAUUAUUUUGUGUAGUUUAAUUUAUUUAAUUUACCUGUGCCAAAAAGUGUGAUGAUACUUAAAAGAAAUUAUUAAGAAAUGUACUUACGACUUGGACUCACGUAUUUAAUCCUCUUUACAUAUAUAACAAAUGUAACAUCAAUACGUACAAAUGGACGUACAUUACCACCACGUCGUAACAAUCGUCGAGCAAUACCAAGUGAAUUCCUGACACCACCCGCUCCACCGUUGCCUCUAAACCGAUCACCGAAUGCAUUUAGGCACGGUAAAUUAUUGGGCUCUCAGCCGCCUAAUAAUGAGUCUCCAGGCUACUUUUCACGUUUAAUGGGCUGGCUGAAUCCUUUUGGAAGGGACCUGAAACCUCCACCGCCCCAACAAGCUCCUCAUCGACCGCAGGGUAAUGCAAAUAUUCAGGCGGGAUUUCUUCUGCCUCCACCUCUGCCAAAUACUUAUGGGUCGCCUCCAGUUCCUUCGGCUCCAGUACCUCAAGCUCCCCUAAUACCUCCAUUACCUCCAUUACCAGUUCACCCAGCCCAAGUACCUCAAUAUCAAUCUCCUUGCAUAUCUAGGCCGAACCAUCAGUUACCCCAACCGCCAUCGCCUCCAACAGCUCACACUUAUUUGCCACCAUUGAACACAUUCAAUGGAAGAAGUUGCGAUCCUUGUAAUACGCUACCUUGGAUUCCCAUUCAUCAGAAUGCUGAUGCUAAACAGGCGCAUGGUGGAUCUUUAGGAAACUCAGGAUACCAGAAUGUUCAGUUACAAACUAAUUUACACAUAACACCGUCUUUGGAAAUCAAACAACCAGAUUUCGGUUACGGUCCUCCGCCAAAUUUACAGCAGCCUGCUUUAGUUUCACAACAGGGUCAAUAUUCUUCAUCUACUGGAGCAAUUCAAAAUCCUCACAUAUAUCCAGGAGCUGUUCCCCCACUAUUUAAAGCAACUGCUUUUGACGCACAUUCGGCUGACUCAGGAGUCAAUACGGAAGUAAUUCCCUAUGAAUCUGCUUCUCGUGAUAAUCAAGGGUCGAAUUCCGAACCAGGACCAGGGUCAGCUCCAGGAAAUGAAGGACAAAAACAUGAACAGAAACUCAGUCAAGGACAAAACCAAGAACCUUCUGGACCAUCAGGAAAUGCACAAUACGUUGAUGUCUUACCCCCUGGUGCUGAAGUAUCAGGAUCAGAUUCGUCUGCUUUUGACUCAAAUUCAAAUCAUCAGAUAUCUGAAGUAUCAGCAGCUGCUUCAGCCCAAAUAGAAACUUCUGAUAAACCCACUGCUCAUAAGCCUCACGUUUAUGAAACCGCAUCAGGUCAUAUCAUUCAUGUGGAAGAGUCUCCAGUCAUUGAUUUGUCGCAAGAUAAUUCUCCAGAUAUUACAUCUUCUUCAACAAACUUAGAAGCCCCAUUGAUUCUUCAGAACGCGGACGGAACCUAUGGAAUUAACGCAUCCUGGCCUAAUGGUGAUUCAUCCCGCAUUGCUUGGCCUGAAACUCAAGUCAAUCAAGAUGCAGAAUCUUCAGCCACUUCCGUAGAAGCUCAUUCUGAUGACUCAAAUGAUUCUUCACUCUUACUUCAAGCCCUCAGAAAUAAUAAUUUAAAUUUAACUGAUUCUAUAAAUAGUAACAGUAGUAGCAGUAAUAGUAUUAAUAAAAAUUAUCAAGCAGAAGCAACAACGGAGUCUUUACUCAAAGCAGUCAUCAAAUCUUACAAUAAUUUCGAGAAAGAAGUAAAUGCUUUAGAACGCCCGCGUAGUUAUAUUUAUCCUCGGGAACUAAAUCUUCAAGGGUCGACUGUUACUGUAUUUAGUCAAGAAUCGCAAGAAUUUAACGCGCCUAGACCAACUGACCAACAAUCGAAUGCCAGAAAAAAUAAGGUACAAAUAAUAAUUCCUUAUACUUCUGAUCAUAUGCCAACACCUUUUCAUACUCACCGAUCAUCGAGCGAAGAAAAAAUAUCCAGGAAUUUAGGAAGAUCGGUACUGCCGACAAAUCAUAAUCCUGUUGAUCAGGAAUUUGAAGAAAAGACAAAACAAGAAGAAGAAGAAAAAGAAAAAAAAGAAGAAGACAUUGCGGAUGUAAAUACUGAACAAGAAGAAGAACAAGAGGAAGAAUUGGAUCUAGAGGAAGUAGAAAAUUUAAAAGAAUUAUUUAAUGAUUCAUGGACGCAAAAAAAAUCAGAAGAAUCAACUGUGAAGCCGACUACGAAAGCUAAUACUUCGAUUGAUGUAAUGAGACUGCAGAAAAAUAUUGACAAUUGGACGAUACAGGAAUACUCACGUGGAACAACGGCCACCACAUCAACACCGACUUAUUCUCAUCAAUUACUUCAGUCGAAGAAAAUUCCCGAUGAAUAUUUAACCACCGAAUCUUCAACUCCUGUCUCAGAAUCUAGAGAGGUUGAGAAAGUUGGAAAUGUUUUGGCGGGAUUUAAUUACAAUGAUUUGGAGCACGAGGGCUCUGCUAGCAGCCGCGUUGAUUUUCCAAGUGUACAGAAUGACGUGUCGUCAAAUUCAUUAGAGUCAUCAGAGUCAAGUUCAAUUUCAAGUGACAUUAGUUUUAAUUCUAAUGAAGAUGCAUCUUGGGAACAACUUCCGGUCUCAAUUUCACCGUUGAGUAAUGAACGUGUAUACGUUGUUACACCACAGACUGCAUUGAAACCCGUAGCUUUUAAUACAAGUACUAAAAAUAAUUCAAUUGAAAUUGCGAAAAAUAGUACUGAGGAAUCAGUGAGCAAUUCGACGGUACAAUUUGAGUCAAUUGAGAAAUCGUAUCAAGUAUUACCACAAGCUGUCAAUAAUCUUGCUGUUGUGUCAACUGGACCUGCUACAGUACCGCUGUGGGGUAUUAUGGAGCAUGACGAGUAUGCAGGUUUUAAUAAAACUUCACCAAAAACUCUGAUUUUAUACUCAGGUCAUUCCAAGGUGUCCCAUGCAAGAAGUUAAUGAGUGUGAGGUAAUGCGUGUUUCUAUAGACUGCCAAAAUAUAAAUAUUUAUCUUACGCGUUUAGUUAUUUAAGUUUUUAUAAUUAUUCCUAGAAUUAAUAAAUAAAUUAAUAAUUAAUUUAAAAUUAAGCUCAACAAUCAAGACCGUUGACGAGACUGAUAUUUAUUAAAUUACUCUCGUCGAGUGAUACGGUCACGGCCAGUUUUGAGUCCUCAUUAAUUACAACCUGUAAUUAAUUUUUUUUUAAAUAAAUAUAAAAAACAGCGA